CAUUUUUCUACGUUUUUCAGAUCAUCAUGGCGGUGACCCUUCACACUACGGUGGGAGAUAUAAAGCUUGAAUUAUUCUGUGAAGGGUGUCCUAGAACUUGUGAAAACUUUCUGGCGCUCUGCGGCACAGAUUAUUACAACAAUUCUAUUUUUACGAGAAAUAUUAAGGGCUUCAUGGUUCAAGGCGGAGAUCCAACCAACACGGGUAAAGGCGGGGAAAGUAUCUGGGGCGGAAAGUUUAACGACGAGAUUAAAGAAGAUUUAAAGCAUAAAGCUCGAGGUGUGGUUUCAAUGGCGAAUUCAGGACCAAACACGAACGGAUCUCAGUUUUAUAUUACAUACGCUCCACAGCCCACUUUAGAUUUAAAGUACACUGUGUUCGGGAAAGUGAUCGACGGUUGGGACACCCUAGACGCUCUGGAGAGAUUACCGGUUAAUCCGAAGAAUUUUAAACCUGUCAAAGGAGAGGAAGCGAGAAUAUCUAAUGUAACGAUCCAUGCUAAUCCAUUGGCUCGUGGAUAGAUCAUUGACGAUAAUCUAUCUAUUUGGGUUUGAUUCGUUGAGCAGAGAAAAUAGAUAAUGUUUGGUGAUACUGUGACUUAAAAAGUCCAGUUAGACUCUGAAUCCAAACAGAAAAACGGAGACAGACAGAACAAAAUAAAUACUUGUUCAUCCUUUGUUAUGUUCAAUCUUGUGAAAUCUAUGAUUCCAAGUAACCAAAAAGAUAUAGUGAACUAUGGUCUUGUUAUUCCUUUCUUUAAAUCAACAAAUAUCACUUUUGAUUUUUUAAUUGUUUCUAAUCUGAUUAUUUCUAAGAGAUUCGGCAGAGUUCUAGAAAUAGAGUUAAUUUGAUAUCCAAAUCCUGAGGGAAAUUUCUUACUGAAAAUAAGAAAGAAGACGACAAUCCUUCUAUCGUUUUCUGGUUACCACUGACACCGCACGAACAUUGUGAUUAAUUUUAUCAAUUUUGGGACCUGAAUAUUGUAACAUUUAAUUCCAAUUAUUUGUUGUUAAAUCUUUUCCAUUAAUUUCAGA